AUGGUUGCUAUCAAGAACUUCUUCAAGGUCCUCGUGGCCACUUCCAUCGUUGGCUUCACCAAUGCCAUCCCCACUCCCAACACUGCUGAGCAGGUGGUCAACAAUCUCAACACUGCUGCUGCCAGCUACGGCGACUUUUACGCCGCUGUUCAGGCUUUCAGCGGACAGACUGCUCAAUGGGGCACUGUCAAGGCUCGCGAGGCUGCCGUGGAGGUGGCGCUUACCCAUUCGAUUGCGGCGGCUCGUGCCUCUGCCCAUCUCACCGACGAGGGGAGCCAGGAUGUCAUGGCGGCUCUGGGCCACCCUUACCCCAACUUCAUGGCUGACCUGCUGAAUGGUAUUGUCGCCAAGAAAACUCAGUUCGCCCAGGUUGGCAAGAAGGACGCCAUGCUGCACACCCUCCAGACUCUCAAGGUUCUGUCUGAUGAGCUUCCCGACGCUCUUGAGCAGAUCGUCGAUGCCACCCAUGCGGGUGUCAUUCAAGGUGGAAAGGUCUGGGUCGAUGGUCUCUUUGACGAUGCUAUCGGCGCUUUUGCUCAGUGA